AUGGCUCUAGCAUCGCCGGUGGACUAUGCUGGCACAAUCACUUCAAGUCAGAGGCAACUCAGUUCUGUGAUGCCCCGGUGCUAUGGCUUGCGAUGUACUAUUGGAUAUGGAAAUAAAUCAAGAGCAGCAGGUCACUUGGUUGCCAGAGCCAUGUCCAUGGAUCGCCCGAAACUGGACUUUUCGAAUCUGAAUUGGAAGAAUCAAUUCCAAGAGGAUUUCGAUAGGCGGUUCAGUUUGCCGCAUUUGACAGAUAUAAUUGAUGUGGAAUCGAGGCCGACGACAUUUUCUCUCAAGAGCAGGACCCCUCUGGAGAAUGUUGAUGGUUCUUUGGAAGAGUCAUGGAACGGCUAUGUUAAUGACAACGACAGAGCACUUUUGAAGGUUAUCAAGUUUGCCUCGCCAACGUCUGCUGGAGCUGAAUGCAUUGAUCCUGAUUGCAGCUGGGUUGAACAAUGGGUGCACCGGGCAGGCCCACGUAAACAAAUAUAUUUUGAGCCUCAGUGCGUAAAGGCUGGAAUUGUAACUUGUGGCGGACUUUGCCCUGGUCUCAACGAUGUCAUCCGGCAGAUUGUGCUUACACUUGAAAAAUACGGAGUGAAAAACAUUGUUGGGAUACAGCAUGGUUUCCGCGGAUUUUUUGAAGAUCAUUUAGCGGAAGUGCCGCUUAAUAGACAUGUCGUCCAAAAUAUCAAUCUUGCUGGUGGCAGUUUCUUAGGAGUGUCUCGUGGCGGGGCAAGUAUCUCAGACAUUGUCGACAGCAUCCAGGCCAGGAGGCUUGACAUGCUCUUUGUACUAGGUGGAAAUGGAACUCAUGCUGGAGCUGAUGCUAUACAUGGCGAGUGCCGGAAGAGAAAACUAAAAGUGUCGAUUAUUGGUGUCCCAAAAACAAUUGACAAUGACAUACUACUGAUGGACAAGACAUUUGGAUUUGAUACUGCAGUGGAGGCAGCACAAAGAGCUAUCAACUCUGCAUAUAUUGAGGCACAUUCCGCAUUUCAUGGCAUCGGAUUGGUGAAGCUGAUGGGAAGAAGUAGCGGAUUUAUCACAAUGCAUGCUUCCCUGUCAAGCGGGCAAGUCGACAUUUGCCUGAUACCUGAGGUACCAUUCACCCUUGAUGGACCAAACGGAGUUCUUCGGCACCUUGAGCACUUGAUAGAGACCAAGGGGUUUGCUCUCAUGUGUGUUGCCGAAGGUGCUGGGCAGGAAUAUUUGCAGAAGUCAAACGCAACUGAUGCUUCAGGGAACAUGGUUCUCAGUGAUAUCGGUGUGCACCUUCAACAGAAGAUCAAGUCUCAUUUCAGAGAGAUAAACGUCCACUCUGAUGUGAAGUACAUCGACCCUACAUACAUGCUCCGCGCCGUGCGUGCCAAUGCAUCGGAUGCCAUCCUGUGCACGGUGCUCGGUCAGAAUGCUGUUCAUGGCGCCUUUGCAGGGUUCAGCGGCAUCACAACCGGAAUAUGCAACACACAUAACGUGUACCUGCCAAUACCUGAAGUUAUCAAGACGCCAAGGCUUGUCGAUCCAAACAGCAGGAUGUGGCACAGGUGCUUGACAUCCACAGGUCAACCUGACUUUUGUUGA